UGCAGUUGAAAAGACAAUGUCGGGCUAUCAAGUGCCAGUGGCCCGGAUCGCACGGCCUGAGAAAAUUGGCUUUGAAGUAUCUAUACCCGAUGAAAAGGGAAUUUCACUAUUCGCAUUUCACGGCAGACUCAACACUCCCAUUGUCGAUCUGCAGGAUCAAACUUGGGCAGCGGAUAUAAUUCGAACGGACCAAAAAGGGCGCUGGACGUACACUAACCGAGAUGCAAAGCUUAAAAAAGGAGACGUACUUUACUAUUGGACUACAGUGCGUUAUAAUGGAGUUGACUAUCAUCGAAUGAGACAGAGUGCGGACUUAUGAGCAGAAUGUUCUUCAAUUUUCUUAAAUAAACCUAAACUCCAGUGA